CGCUCCGCCACUUGAGAUAAAAGAAAAGAAAAGAGGCGCUGGCAACCGUCCUCGAUUGCCCCCGGAGCCAUCACGGUCCUUCCGCCGCCGCCGCGGUAAUGGUUAACUCCCCACGGCACUGCAUCCAUUUUAUCUGAUUUCAAAUUCUUCCCAGUGAUUCUACUCCCAUUGAACUGCUCACAUUUCACAAAAUCCUUCAUCGUCAAAAAUCAUCAAGAUUCAGGGCUCUCUAAAGGGGAAAGUCUGGGAUGAUGUCGGCGGCGGCUUUCAUGUCUCACAGGCCUCUCAGUGCAUUCAAAACUUAUCAGCUCUCCAAUGUAUUGUCUUGUUUUCCGCCGGUUUCGUCUGUUUCUUCGUUGUCGUCUUCUGUUGGUGCCGAAUAUGCUCCAAGAAAUAGAAGAAUGGUUUCUUGUGCUUGCGUCGCUCCGCCUCAAAAUUACCAGCCUGAUAACUUUAAAGGUGCUCACAAGAUAUAUAAUUCGAGCAUCAACGAGGAGGAUGAGGAUGUAUCUGAUGUACUCAUUGAAUGCCGAGAUGUCUACAAAUCCUUUGGGGAAAAGCACAUACUAAAAGGUGUGAGCUUUAAGAUUAGGCAUGGAGAGGCUGUCGGAAUUAUUGGCCCAUCUGGGACAGGAAAGUCAACCAUCUUGAAGAUUAUGGCUGGGCUUCUUGCUCCAGACAAGGGGGAGGUAUUGAUUCGCAGCAGAAGACGACACGGGUUGAUCAGUGAUGAGGAAAUUUCAGGCCUAAGAAUUGGCUUGGUUUUUCAGAGUGCGGCACUGUUUGAUUCUCUCACUGUUUGUGAAAAUGUCGGGUUUUUGUUAUAUGAAAAUUCAACUAUGCCAGAGGAUAAAAUUGCCGAACUCGUCACUGAGACUCUAGCUGCUGUUGGACUAAAGGGAGUUGAAGAUCGAUUACCUUCAGAAUUGUCCGGUGGGAUGAAAAAGAGAGUUGCCCUUGCUCGUUCCAUCAUUUUUGAUCCAACAAAGCAUGUGAUUGAGCCUGAGGUGCUCCUAUAUGAUGAGCCAACAGCUGGUCUGGAUCCUAUUGCAUCAACUGUUGUUGAAGAUCUCAUUCGCUCGGUUCAUAUGAAAGGUAAGGAUGCACUUGGGAAGCCUGGGAAGAUUGCAUCCUAUGUGAUAGUCACUCAUCAACAUAGCACAAUCAAAAGAGCUGUUGAUAGGCUGUUGUUUUUGUAUGAAGGAGCAGUUGUUUGGCAAGGAAUGACUCAUGAAUUCUCCUCCUCAACGAAUCCAAUUGUUCGACAGAGAACACGUGGUACUAAAAGAAUCUCACUUUACCUAGAUGAUUUUGAAAUGAAAGCACCAACCCAAGAAGAAUAGCAUCGAAUAUAUGGAUUGCAGAGUGCAUUAAGCCUCAAGUAGGAAUCUAAUGCUCUUAAUUGAUGAUGUAAGAAUGUUCUUUUAGGUUAUAGGGAUCAAGAAUUAAGCUGGCUUUUGAAGAUUGUUUUUUGUGCUAUGCCAAUUCUCUCUCAAUUGAAAAUGGUCAAGAUAGAACAAGCAGGAAUAGCUUUAUUUACAGAAACUAAAUCUUGUGAGACAUUUAUGUUGGAAGCAAACACAAGGUGCUACUUAAUCUUUUCUA